AUGUUAUCAUCAGCCGCUAGAGCAUCGAGUAACUUAGGAGCGAGCACGAUAGCUCGGGGAGUCUCCGGAUCACCGGCAACCAGGAGGUUCUUCUCAACCAUCCUUGUAGCGGAGCAACGAGGAGGCAAACUAGAAAAGUCAUCUCUCUGUGCUGCUACAGCAGCUAGCCAGUUGACUAAAAGUUUCUCCGUUAUGCUUGCUGGAGGUUCGCGAGAAGCUGCAGAAGCCGCAGCUCGAUUACCUGGGGUUGAGAAGGUCUAUCACUGUAACCCUGGCGACGCUGCGCUGGACCACCCAGCAGCCGACACUAUUGCUAACGCCGUUGUAAAGCUAACGAAGGAGACGGGAGCUUCUAAUGUAGUCGCUGGCAACAGCAGUGUUAUCAGAGACUCUCUGCCGCGGGCAGCAGCCAUGCUAGACACCCAGCCUAUCACUGAUGUUAUCAAGGUCAUCUCGAAUGACACUUUUAAGAGGCCGAUGUAUGCUGGUAAUGUGAUCGCUACAGUGAAGUCCUCGGACCCUGUGAAAGUACUUGUUUUCCGGCCAACUGCCUUCGAGCCUACUGAGGUUCCCCAGAACGGUGAUGCUGCGGAGAUUGUGAAUACAGAGAUCGAUACGGUCGGCUCUAGCAUUAAAUUUGUAAGCGAGGGUGACAAGUCGACUGAGAAGCCCAUGCUUCAGACUGCCCAAGUUGUUGUGGCUGGUGGGAGAGCUCUGAAAGACAAGGAGACCUUCGACAGCAUGUUGGAGCCUCUCGCGGAAAAACUCGGAGCUGCAUUGGGUGCUACACGUGCUGCCGUCGAUGCUGGGUACUGCUCCAACGACUUGCAGAUAGGACAGACCGGGAAGGUGGUGGCGCCUCACUUGUACAUAGCCAUUGGUAUCUCUGGGGCUAUCCAGCAUACGGCAGGCAUAAAGGAUUCGAAGUGCAUCGUUGCUAUCAAUAUGGACGCUGAGGCCCCGAUCUUCCAGGUUGCCGACUAUGGUUUAGUUGGUGAUUUAUACAAGAUCGUGCCGGAGUUAACUGCUAAGCUGUGA